GGGUACCGAGUCACCAUUCACCAACCACUCACUGUGUUACUAUCAGCCAAAAACAACCCAAAUAGAACAACACUGGGGAAGUUCUUAGCCUCUGCUUGCAAUCCUCAACUCUGUCCACAUCUCCCAAAAACCAAACAAUCCCAUCUCAACCACAAAAAUCUCCUGUUUCUUUGUGUGAAAUCCACUCUUUAUCCUUCAAAUUCCCCCUUUAACCCAACUACUCUCUUAUGGCUCUCUAUCCUUAAUAGCCUCAAAAAAAAAAAAAAAGGUACUUUGAGUGGAUUUUACAGUUCUUUUCUGGGAUCUGAUUAAUGGGUUUUCUUUUUUAAUCAGAUUUCGGCACUUGGAUUGGUAUUUAACACUCUACUGGAUUUGAUUCAGCUUCAUUUUAUUGCAUUGUUCAAGAUGGGUGAUGUAGCUAAGGAUUUAACAUCUGGAACUGUUGGAGGAGCAGCACAAUUGAUUGUUGGGCAUCCAUUUGAUACUAUUAAGGUUAAGCUUCAGAGUCAACCUGUUCCGCUUCCUGGUCAACCACCUAAAUAUGCUGGUGCUAUGGAUGCUGUUAAGCAGACUUUAGCUGCUGAAGGACCAAGGGGUUUGUAUAAAGGUAUGGGAGCUCCAUUGGCUACCGUGGCUGCUUUCAAUGCUCUCUUGUUUACAGUGAGAGGACAAAUGGAGUCAUUUUUGAGAUCAGAACCUGGUGUACCACUCACUGUUAACCAACAAGUCAUUGCUGGUGCUGGCGCUGGUGUUGCUGUUUCAUUCUUAGCUUGUCCCACUGAGUUGAUCAAAUGCAGAUUACAAGCCCAGAGUGCAUUAGCGGUUGAUGCUGGCUCAGCUGGUGUAGCAGUGAAAUAUGGUGGACCAAUGGAUGUAGCCAAGCAAGUGCUUAGGUCCGAAGGUGGUGCAAGGGGUCUCUUCAAAGGCUUGGUUCCCACCUUAGCUCGUGAGGUUCCUGGCAAUGCUGCUAUGUUCGGUGUCUACGAAGCAUUGAAACAAUACAUGGCCGGAGGGACCGACACUUCGAAAUUAGGACGAGGGUCAUUGAUCGUGGCAGGAGGCUUAGCCGGAGCUUCAUUUUGGUCAUCGGUUUACCCAACCGAUGUUGUCAAGAGUGUGCUCCAAGUAGAUGAUUAUAAAAAUCCAAAGUACAAGGGGUCUAUGCAUGCAUUUAGGUCUAUAUUAGCUUCAGAAGGGGUGAAAGGGCUUUAUAAAGGGUUUGGACCUGCCAUGGCAAGAAGUAUCCCUGCUAAUGCAGCUUGUUUCUUGGCAUAUGAAGUGACAAGGUCUAGUUUGGGCUAAUUUAAUCAGUUGUUGUUGUCGUUUCUUUGAUUUGGUCACCAACAGUUUUUGCUUUUGUCAAAAGCCUUAAUGAAUUUGAUGAUGCUUGAAAUGGAAAGGUGGUCAUAGGUUCUUUGUAAGUUAUUUGAGUUCGGCUCAAAAAAACUUUAAAUUCGAUUUGGUAAUUAUCAAGUAGAGUUUGAGAUCGAGCAACUCAAACUACCAAUUGAGAUGAA